CGCCAUGGUGAAGAUCGCUUUCCAGUCGCCCUUCUCCCAAAAGGACGAGCCCAAGAAGGAGGCGGCCGAGGCCUUGGUGGCCGACAAGGAUCCAGAAGUUGCCACUCACAGCCAUGAAAGCUCUUCUGGAAGAUGCCUGUUGACCCUUCUGGGUGUUGCAUUCAUCUUAGCAGGAGUGGUGGUUGGUGGAGCCUGCAUCUACAAGUACUUCAUGCCAAGGCAUAAAGUGUUCCAUGGACAAAUAUGUUACAUAGGAGAGGACAAUCCAGAUAAUGCUGCAGAACCGUACUUCCUACCCAUUGCCGAAGUUGCUGAUAUCUGGGAGGAUGAUAACAUAGCAAUCAUCGAUGUUCCAGUUCCAAAAUUCUCUGACAGCGACCCUGCUGCUAUCGUUCAUUAUUUUGACAGGCUUUUGACAGCCUACCUUGACCUGCAGCUGGGUAACUGCUAUGUGAUUCCUCUGAACACCUCCAUUGUGAUGCCACCACGGAACCUGAUAGACCUCUUUGCAAAAUUGGCGACUGAUUCCUACCUGCCUCAAACCUAUCUUAUUCGUGAAGAAAUGGUUGUGACAGAAGAGAUUGAUAAUGUGUCCGAUCUGGGCAUUUUCAUUUAUCAGCUCUGUGCAGGGAAGGAAGCUUUCAGACUUCAGCGCAGAGAUAGGACCAUGGGUCUGCAGAAACGCUCUGUUGAAAAAUGCCACUCAAUCCGGCAUUUUGAAAAUGCAUUUGUUGUGGAAACCAAGAUCUGCCAGCAGUGAAAAGAUACAGGCUGGAAAGUGACGAUCUCGCAUCUUCACCAAGAAGUCCAAG